CUCGCUGUGAUGCGCGCCUCGUGACACGCGGUGCUAGAAUCGUGCGUGUUCUUUUGCAUCGUCGAAAAAAAUCGGAAGAAAGAAAUGCGAAAGAGAGAGAUAAGAGAGUAAGAGGAGUGAUCUCGCUUAUUUACGCGCUCCGCGAGAGUGGUGUAAGGAGUGAACGAAGUAGGAAGAGAAAGAGGAACUCUGUCGGCGAACAUCUCCAAGUUUGACCGGGGACACGUGUCAAGAUCAAAUAGCAUUUUCCAUGGCGAUCAUGGUACGGGAUAAAAGUAUAUUAUAGCUUUGACAAUCGAGUUCCAGAGAUAUACGUGAAACUCGUAUAGGAUUAAAUUAACACAUCGAGACGAAGAAAGUUGAUGAAAGAGAAUAACAAAUUUGUUUAGAUUUAUUGUACAUUUUAGAAGAGACGCAUACCGUUUAAUUUAAAAUAGAUCGCUAAUCCAAUCGAUCGAAGUGAAUUGUAGUUAGUUUAUUGUCGACAGGUUGUUUACAAUCGUUGCAUUGUACAUUGACUGUAGUGCUGUCAUAAGCACGUGAUACUGUUCGUCGGAGUGAUUUAAAAGACACGGAAUUUUACCGAUUUAUGAUUCUUUCGAGAACUGCCAUAGACAAUAAUUAGUGUCAGUGUGCUUUCUUCCGGAAAAAAUCUCUCUCUCUCUCUCUCUUGAGAGAGAGAGAGAGAGAGAGAGAGAGAGAGAGAGAGGAGAAAGAAAUAGAUAAAUUAAAUAGAUAGAUAAGGUGUGUAAUCCUAUAUAUAAUUUUAGGGCAAGCCUUCUAAAAACAAAACAGAAAGCGCACAAAAGAUAUACAUAGAAUACAAGAAAGAAAAAUAAUAUAAAAUAAUAAGAAAGAUAAAAAUAAAAUUUAAAAGAGAGAUAGAACGUGCGUGCGUGCGGGUGGAUACGUGGCCGCGUGCGUGCAUCGUGUAGUGCACGCGCGUGAUGCAAGUCGUGCAGACUGUCGCAACUCCCGCCGGAUAAAUAAUCGCGGUGAAUCGACGUCGACUCGCACAUCGGAAGAAAAAAAUCAUCGCGAGGGUGGGAAGACUCGCGGUGCGAGGAAGGGAACGUUGCCGCAGUAGGUACAGUGAGAGCGGAAGGAGUCAGGUGCCGGGAAACAAGCCCCGGAGACGUUAGUGCUUCACUUCCUUCUUCCUGAGUUCCGCGCGUCGCAAGACGGAAUGCGACAGGUGAACAAUAGCGUGUAGAAAAGAAAAAGGAAUUGAACCAUUUGAGUGCGACAUACGAGGGAGACGAAAGAAGUAGGGAAGUCUUGGAGGAGGUUAGAUGUUAGAAGGUGCGGGGGUGGCUAAAGUGGCCCCGCCGCUGGGUACGGGUCCCGAUGCCGGUCCCCGUAUCGCAAACGCCCACAUUAACCUCCACCCUUGUACCCAAGGAGGAAUCAAACAUGCCCUUCAUAGACGACGAACUAUUUUGGUAUUCUGACAAUGACGGAAAAAUGGAUUUAACCCAGUGCCUUCAGAGCAACACGGGCCAAUCGGUAGAGUUUUCUACGAUGGAGCUAAGUGCUCUAGUAGGAACUCCAACGGCAUCGAAUGUGCCGGUGGAGGAAGGUGCGGGUAUGUCCGUUGUUGCAGGGGAGGAACUUUUCGAUCCCCUAGACUUCCUAAGGGAGCUCGAAGCAGAGGCCAGCCAACCCACCUCCACCACAACGCCUUCUUCCUACAAAAGACAGAGGCACAAUAUCGCUGCCGCGAAUCCUUUAUUAGCAGAAAAAUUAGCAGCGCCUUCAACGCAAGCAUCUCCAACUUCCAUCCCUUACGCCUCAAGGGCGGAAAUCAAGACGGAAAAUAUUCAACCUGAGACAAGUAAAGUGGAUACCAGGGAAGUCCAACCGCAUGACCCGAGCGAGAAAGAACAGCUAGGCCUCGCAAGUGUAAAAGUGGAACCAGGAUCCACCAGCGCGACGACUACUAGUAGCACAGGAACCCGUCUGCUCCAUGGUAUCCUCUCUCAGCAUCCCCAGCAGCAUAGUCUGGGGCUGCAAAAUGGAUAUGGCCGACACUUAGCCGGUCACGCACAGAUGGGCCAACCGCCUUAUACCACUGCCGCUAUCGCCACGACAAAUACGCCAGCAGGAAGCGGAUCACUGCCAGCGAGCCCAGCGGACAGCGGAGUCAGCGACGUCGAGUCCAGCACGUCCUCCGGCGGCAACGAGGACGCGAAUCUCUUACUGAAAGCAAGGCUCAAUCCUAAUUCAUCCCUCCAGCCGAGUCUGGCGUCUCAUCACUCCCAUCUGUCGUCGGCAGCACUCGGCAGAUCGGCCUGCCACAGCCCCGGUGUGUAUCCGGGGUCGACGGCAAGCUUCCUGUCGCCCACCUAUCAUCCUCAUCAGCAUCCUAUCACCUCCCAGUAUCAUCCACAUCGGGGGAGUUCGCCACACCAUCAGCACAAUAAUCAUACUAUGGGCCCGACGAUGGGACCGCCCCACCACCACCAUCAUCAUCAAGCGCAGGGUCUCCAGCAUCACUUGCAUUACCGUCAGCCAUCCUCACUGUCCGACAGCUACAACAGUUAUAUAAACAUGUAUGGCGGAGGUGGACAGUUUGCAACCCCCUGUACCCCGAGCCCGCCGCGGGGACCCGGCGGUGUACCCACCAGCGUGAUCCAGGCGGCUACCAGUUCGGUCUCGGACGAUCUCUACCUUCUCGAGCUCGGCUUCCCGUCGCGCUCGAAGAAGAACAAGCUGAAGAAACCUCGACAGGGUGGCGAAGGUGGAGCCGCAGUAAAGCGGAAGUCGCGCGAGGGUUCGACCACGUACCUGUGGGAAUUCCUGCUCAAACUGCUGCAGGAUCAUGAAUACUGUCCGCGCUACAUUAAAUGGACGAAUCGCGAACGGGGCAUUUUCAAGCUGGUCGACAGCAAGGCGGUCUCGCGACUUUGGGGCAUACACAAGAACAAGCCGGACAUGAAUUACGAGACGAUGGGCAGAGCACUGCGCUAUUACUAUCAGCGCGGCAUCUUGGCGAAGGUGGACGGCCAGCGGUUAGUCUACCAGUUUGUCGAUGUGCCGAAGGACAUCGUCGAGAUCGAUUGUACGGGCGCAUGAGACAGGGAGUCGGCCCGUCCCGUGGGGCACGAGAGAGAGAAAAAGGAAAAGAAGGAAGUAGAGCAGCACAGCGUCUCGGCGCGGGCCCCGCGCGAACGUCGACCUCCACCGUUGUCGUUGUCAUUGUCAUUGUCAUCGCUGUCGCUGUCGUUAUCGCUGAUGCGACGUCGCGGAUCCGUCGCAGGGCCCUAUCCGCGCGAAAGGUCACCGUUCAGCGGUUCUCUUUAUCGAGACGCGCCGACCUGGCACAUCCCUCAGAUGUUGUAAAGCGCGAUCUCUUUUUCUCCUUUUCUUUUUUUCCCCUCUCUUUCGCUGUCUGUCUCUCCCUACCCGCUUCUCUGUCCCUUUCUCUCUCUCUCUCUCUCUCUCUCUCUCUCUCUCUCUCUCUCUAUUUCCAUCUUUCUCUCUGGCUUCGUUUGUUCCUUGUAUUAUACCUAUGUAAAUGUAUAUUAUGGCGCCGCGUGACGAUGUCGUCAGAGGUAGUCCCGACCCAGUACUUCGUCCUGCGUCCUUUCUUCUCCUGCGGCCCCGUUUCUUUCUCGCGUAAAAUCGGGACAGGACGGCGCCCGACUCGUUGAAAUUUGUACAAAAUUUAGUUCUUAACGUGUCGAGAAUGGGAAACUAAAGAUUUUAUCUGGUGUACCUUGCGGGAGGGACACUAUGGACAAAUUACUUAAGCCGCGAAGCACCGGAAAGCGAGAAAUUGUAUAUUCAAAAGAGCAACAAAUUAUUUAUUGUAUAUUAGACAUUUAUAUAUGUUACCUAAGAAAAUUGUUACGCGCGUGAUCUGCGCAAAUGGAAAAUGUAUGGAAACGGACGAAAGUUAUAAAAAAAAAUGAAACGAAAUGAGGGCUGUGAAAAGGAUUACGAUACGGAGAGGAGAAAAGAGAAGAGGAGACGAGACGAGACGAGACGAGACGAGACGAGAUGAGAUGAGAUGUGUAGUGGAACGGGAAAGGAUGAGAAGCGUCUCUUAAAGUUUCAGAGCGAGCUCAGGGAGGGUACACAUUAUAUUUUUUUAAGUAUAAGCGGAAGGGUUUGACCCUUCCGAUUCGUGAGCUGAGGGUUCAACAACGCAAGGUGCUGGCUAAUAAACAUGCAUACACGUAUACACUUGUAUACACACAUACAUACACACACGCACACCGAGGUCCAAGAAAAUUAUUAUUUAGCAACCUAGUGUU